CAAUGUCUCAUAUAGCAUUUUCUGUUGAUGUCAGGUGUCUGUCCUUGUGAUGUGCCACACACGAGAGUUGGCCUUCCAGAUCAGCAAGGAGUAUGAACGAUUCUCAAAGUACAUGCCCAGUGUCAAGGUGUCAGUGUUCUUUGGUGGCAUGGCGAUCAAGAACGAUGAGGACGUCCUGAAGAACAACUGUCCACACAUCGUCGUGGGAACACCAGGACGUACUCUAGCCCUCAUCCGCAACAAGAAUCUCAGUGUGAAGAACAUUAAACACUUUGUGCUGGACGAGUGUGAUAAGAUGUUAGAACAGCUGGAUAUGAGGCGUGAUGUCCAGGAGAUCUUCAGACUGACACCCCACGAGAAGCAGGUCAUGAUGUUCAGUGCCACACUCAGCAAGGAGAUUCGACCCGUCUGCCGCAAGUUCAUGCAGGACGUAUGUUCAAAACCAUCAUGUUUCAAUUCAUACAACAAUCCAUAUGACAGCUACUACUGCUUUAAAACAAAAGGAAUACUUGACGUAGUUAACCUUUUUUGUUAAUCCUCUCGUAGCUUUGCCCACUUGUGGCUGUCAAUGUCAUAAGUGUCCAUAUCAGAGAGGGACAGUAAUCCUCCUUGACACAUUUGACUUAUCAGGACAGACAACCUGCCUGGUUAGGCUUAAGUGGAGG